UUAUUUUACUAGUGCAAGUCACCUAAGAAACCCUGCAACUUAAUCUGGGUAUCUUGAGUAACCCAAAAUUGAUGACCACCCAAAAUUGAAAAGCAUGGUCAAUAAUUCAAACCACUGAAUUAUAACCGUUGGGAUUCUUGAGGAUCACAACAUAAGACGCGAUGAAAAUAAAUUCCUGAACAGUAAAAUCGGCCUAACGCUCAUCAUCCUCAAGCUCUGCUCUUGAUUCUCAGAUUGUUUUAUUUUGUCUGGAUUCAUCAUUGAUCACCCUUUGCAUAAAAGUCGAUUAGAAUCCUUGUGGGGUGUGAUCUUGACAAAAGAAAACAUUCAAUAAUGGUGGGAAAAUGCACAGUAAUAGGAUUGCUGACGGCCGUAAUAGUGAUUUUGAUUAUAGGCCGCCAUAAGUUCAUAAAACCCACAAACCAUAAUUCAGUCACGCGCUCAUGUAUUUCUUCAGACAAAAGGAAUCAGACGAAGAAGAAGGUCCAUUUCGCUGCAGACAUGGUGGAGCCUCGGGACAGUAAUCAGGAAUACCGUGGGCGACGGAUUCCGGCCAAAAUGGAUUCAGAGACCACCCGGAAUACUUGCCCUUCUAGAAAUCAGUCAACUGAGAAAACAGAGCACAAGAUUCCGGCCAACAGAGUUGCUCUGUACAACGGAAUUCUCAGCUAUCGUCUGCAGCAAGCGUCUUUGUACCACCAAUAAUUGAUUGGGAUUUAGAAACACCCACUUGUAUUUAGAUUUUAUAGCAGAAAAAACAGAUCAGAUUAACCUGAGAUUGUGCAAAAGUAAUCCAGGUUUUGUAACCCAUCACAAGUAGAUUGAUAGUUUUGUAUACAGUUUUGUUGUUCA